UCUUCUCCAAAGGGUAGAGUUCCCACGUCGCUCCCCGCGACCUGCACUGCUGGAGCUGUAAAACUAAGCAGGCUGACUGGGUGGUAAUAUUCUCGCCUAACAGGCGGUUUCCGUUUGUUUGCAAUGUCUGCAUGGCAGAAACCGGAAGCUCUGCUGGUCGGUAAACAGGGACGUCCUCAGCUGAGGGUUAGAACACACAAUUAACCUGACAGCUACGUCUGCUGUCUCCUGGAGGACUACAGGCCCGGGUCUGGACCGCUACUCUGCACAUUAGACAGCUGAGGUCAUGUUCAGAUUACUCAGUCUCCAGAGCAGGAGAAGGCCUAUCUCCAUGGGGGCUCAGCGGCGCUACAGGCACCACGGGGCUGUCAUGGCCAUCCGCCGCGAGGACAUCAACCCCUGGGAGAGGAGGGCACCGCUGGCCCCCCGCCAUGUCAAAGAGCUGACUAAUGAUGGUGUCAAAGUCUUGGUCCAACCAUCGAACCGCAGGGCCAUCCAUGAGAAGUACUACAUGAAGGCGGGAGCUGUUAUGCAGGAGGACAUUUCUGAGGCGUCGCUGAUUAUUGGAGUGAAGAGGCCUCCGGAGGAGAAGGUCAUUCCCAGGAAGACGUAUGCUUUUUUCUCCCACACCAUCAAAGCUCAGGAGGCCAAUAUGGGGCUGCUGGACGACCUGGUGAAGAAGGAAGUCCGUCUUAUUGACUACGAGAAGAUGGUUGAUGCCAAUGGUUAUCGUAUCGUCGCCUUUGGUCAGUGGGCCGGUGUUGCAGGAAUGAUUAACAUUCUGCAUGGAUUGGGGCUUCGCUUCUUGGCUCUUGGCCACCACACUCCCUUCAUGCACAUUGGCAUGGCACAUAACUACAGGAACGUCAGUCAGGCGAUCCAGGCCGUGAGGGAUUGUGGUUAUGAAAUUUCCAUGGGACUCAUGCCCAGGUCCAUUGGCCCCAUCACCUUUUGCUUCACCGGAACAGGAAACGUGUCCAAGGGAGCCCAAGAUAUCAUCAAUGAGCUUCCUGUUGAAUAUGUUGAACCGCUUGAGUUAAGGGAGGCCUCAGAAACUGGAGAUAUGAACAAAGUUUAUGCCACUGUUCUGAGCCGACACCACCACCUGGUGAGAAAGAGUGAUGGUAUCUAUGAUCCCAUGGAGUAUGAGAACCAUCCAGAACUGUACACCUCCCACUUCAGGACCAGCGUGGCUCCCUACACCACAUGUCUGAUUAAUGGCAUUUACUGGGACCCCCACACCCCCCGCCUCCUCAGACGGCUUGAUGCCCAGAGGCUCAUCAGACCCCUCAAAUCCUCACGUGCUUUCUAUGAUGGAUCACCAGCACUGCCUCACAAGCUGCUGGCCAUCUGUGACAUAUCUGCUGACGCCGGAGGUUCCAUAGAGUUCAUGAAUGACUGCACCACCAUCGACAAGCCUUUCUGCAUGUAUGAUGCAGACCAGCACAUAGAUCACAACAGUGUAGAGGGGACUGGGAUCCUCAUGUGCUCCAUUGACAACCUUCCCGCUCAGCUCCCGAUUGAAGCCACGGAGUACUUUGGAGACCGACUCUUCCCCUACAUUUGGGAGAUGCUGCUCUCAGAUGCCACCAAACCGCUCAAUGAAGAGGAGUUUAGCCCACAAGUAAGAGAUGCCAUCAUCACCUCUAAUGGAGCACUCACCCCAAAGUUUGAGUACAUCGAGAAAAUGAGAGAGAAAAGGGAGAAGGCUCAAAUCCUGAAGAGAACUGGCAUGAAGAGAGUUCUGCUGCUCGGCUCAGGUUACGUCUCUGGGCCUGUUGUUGAGUAUCUGACCCGGGAUGAGAAAACACAGGUCACUGUUGUGUCUGUGGUUCUGAAACAGGCUGAGGAUCUGGCAGCCAAGUAUCCCAACACAAUCCCUAUCAUGCUGGAUGCCAGCAGCCAGGAGGGACACCUGGACUCUCUGGUCAAAGAUCAUGAUCUGGUCAUUAGCAUGCUGCCAUACUCUUUCCAUCCCCUUAUUGCCAAACACUGCAUCAGGAGGAAGGUGAACAUGGUGACAGCCAGCUACCUGAGUCCUGCCAUGAAGGACCUGCAAAGAAGUGUGGAGGAGGCAGGCAUCACCAUUGUUAAUGAGAUGGGACUGGAUCCAGGCAUUGAUCACAUGCUGGCCAUGAAGUGUAUCGACCAGGCCAAAGCUGAUGGCUGCACUGUGGAGUCCUACAGCUCGUUCUGUGGUGGGCUUCCUGCACCUGAGUGUUCAGAUAAUCCUCUUCGCUACAAGUUCAGCUGGAGUCCAUAUGGUGUCCUUCUAAACACCAUCAGCCCGGCCAUCUUUCUCAGAGACGGGGAGGUGGUGAGUAUCCCAGCAGGAGGGGCUCUGAUGGAUUCUGCCACAACAAUGGAUUUCUUCCCAGGUUUCAACCUGGAGGGAUUUCCCAACCGCGACAGCACCAAGUAUGCCGAGCCGUACGGCAUCCAGACAGCACACACACUCAUCAGAGGAACCCUACGCUUCAAGGGCUUCUCGAGAGCCAUGGGGGGUUUUGUUAAGCUGGGACUGAUCAACUCCGAGCCCAGUCCUGUCCUCCAGGACCCCACAUCUGCCAUUUCCUGGAAAGAACUCCUCUGUCAGGAGAUGGGCUUGUCUUCCUCCAUCUCCCAAGAAGCAUUUGAAGAAGCCGUCUAUAAGCAGAUUGGAGAAGACCAGUUCCAGAUGGACAGCUUGAGAUGGUUAGGAAUGCUGUGCGAUGACCCUGUGCCUCAUGCAGAUACCAUUCUGGCUGCACUGGCAAAGCACCUAGAAGCCAAACUCUCUUUUGCUAAAGGUGAGCGAGACUUGAUUGUCAUGAGGAAUGACGUGGGGAUUCGACAUCCAACUGGUGAGCUGGAGACGCGAGAGAUCAGCCUGGUGGUUUAUGGGGAACCAAAUGGUUUCUCUGCCAUGGCCAAGACUGUAGGAUACCCAGCAGCUAUUGCUGCCCGCAUGGUUCUCGAUGGGGAAAUCAGUACAAAGGGGCUGGUGCUCCCGAUGACCAAAGACAUCUAUGGGCCGGCGUUGGCCCGGCUGAAGGAGGAAGGGCUACACAUCAUAUCCAAGAGCACCCUACAGGAGUAGAACGGAGUCUGCAGACUUUAGAGAAUCUGUAGAAACUGACGUCCAAUGAACUCCUAAAGUGAAAAAAAAAAUCUGUUUUCAAUAACUUUACACCAAUGCGCUUAACACGUUGAAACCCAAUCAGUCUUCAGUGACCUGCCUGCUUGUCAGAUAAACCUUUUUUACAUUAUCAAUAGAGACUUGAAAGAGAAAGGCAAACAAAUUACCAAAUAUGCGAGUCACUAAAAUAACUUUAUGCUCAAAGUUUGCUGUUACAGUCAAUCGUCGGUCAGAAGUUUAUAGUUGUACCUCCAUCUGAUGCUCAGCAAUUCACUUUUAUGACGGCAUCACGUUCUUAAGUUUUUUAGCUGAGGAAAAUCCGUAGCUCAGAGGCUCUCACUGUUACACUACAUUAGCAAAUCUUCCUGCAUUAGCACUUAGACAGCAAACAAAAUAUUUCAGCUGAAAUGCCCAGUGUGUGGCUGGAGCUAGAGUCAGAAAUGUGUCCAUGAUCCAGACUUACUGUGACUCCAAGCGGAUGUUUUUUCAAAGUGAUCACAAACAUUGGUGCACUAACGGUUCUGCAGCUGAAUCAAAUCCUUCCACACUCAAGCAUUUUCAGACAGAUAUCUGAAUCUUUAAGCCUUGAAAAUGUGUUCUACUGUUUCUCUGAUGACUUCGUAAUGGUUGUUUAGGUUUAUUUGGAUCAUCUAACACACCAAGUACAAAGGUCUGACUUGCAUUAUUGGUUAGAAAGAUUUAAAACAUCAGAGGGUGACUGAUAUUUAUUGAGUAAAACCACACUAGUAUUUAUUGGAUCUGAUGUGUUAAUCAUAUUUCAAAUGAGAACAAUGUAUUUUUGCAUGUCAAUGUGGCUGAGAUAUAUAUUUUUAGAACAGUAUGUUUGUUUUUCCUGUAGAAGACUCGGUGGGGUCUUUAAAAGAAUGUUGCUAUGUGUAGAUGUUAGGCUUUUAGUUAAGGAGACAACUCGAGUCCCAUAAUCCCAAACAUGUUUUUUAAAUAUAUGGAGAGAUCUGUUUCGUAAAACAUCAACCGCUUGUCAUGGUCUUUUUCUAAAUGUUUGAAUUCAUGGUCAUAUGGAAAGCACUUCUUGUCUAAGUGUUUUCUUUCUAUAUUUAGCUUUUUUGACAAAAAUAGAUUGCACAAUUAAAGUUGCUUCUGUAAAGGC